AUGUCGGACCUCUUCCGCAGAGCAUCUGACGCCUUCCACCAUCGCCGGAACUCAACCGACUCAACGGAUGCAUCCAAAUCCCUUGAUCCUUCUAGCGCGGCAAACCCUCCCGAGCAAGAGUCACUGAAUCAAAACUCCGAAUCUGCUCAGCCUGAGUCUCACGUUAAUGAGGCUUCCGCAGGUACAAUGCUGCACCUCCGAAACAACACCACUUUUGGGGAUGGCCACACCACCAGGCAAAGUAACCCGGGACAAAGCAGCAACCUAGCUAGAAGCAGGAAGAUACUGAAUGGGCUGCUGGCACGUAGAAGAAUCAUCGUGCUCGACAGAGUUGCCGGGGUGCUAACAUUGAGUUUGUGA